AUGGAUGAUGUUGCUCAGCCUCCGGUGCCUUCUGUGAUGUUAGCUUUUGAGGAUUCGGCUGAAGAAGGUAGUGAGGAUUUAAUGCACAAGACUUUUCAUUUUCCACAGGUGAUGCCAGAAGUUGUGGGCAAGGCCUUGGCGCAUGUUACUUCGAUGGCUAUCGGUGGUGAUGACUCGUCGACUCAUCUUCCCCUGAAGAAAGAUCCAACAAAAUCGGUGCAACUGGAAAACAACAAGCUAGUUGAGGAGUGGUUUCAGAGAGGUCAUAUCUCUGAACAAACAGAGAACUGGUUAAAGGGGCGUAACUCUUCAACCCCACGUAUGCAUGCUCUUCCAAAGAUCCACAAGAAGGAAAUGGCAUUCCGACCUAUAGUUGUCAAGGACAGUUUUGAAUUUAGUGAAUAUAUUCGAGACGUUGAGAUACCUGAUGGUUAUAAACUGAUAUCGCUGCAUGUGUCGGCUUUGUUUACUAAGGUACCACUUCCACUAGUAAAAAGAGGAUUAAGAAGGAGGGAAGAAACGAUGGAUCUUAAAAUGCCUAUUGAUGAUCUCAUUGGCGCGGUACAAUUUGUAAUGGAAUCAACAAGUUUCUCUGCAGGCAAUGAAUAUUGGAAGCAAGUGCACGGACUUCCCAUGGCCUUCCCAUUAGCACCAACACUGGCGGAGGUUGUUAUGCAGGAUCUUGAGUUCACAUGCCUUGGAGAGUUGAGUUUUUCCAUUCCAUUUUACAAGAGGUACGUGGACGACAUCAUUACGGCGGUACCGGAAGAUAAGGUCCAGGAAGUGGUUGAUAUUUUCAACCGUCAGCAUGAAAGGUUGAAGUUCACUCGUGAAAUGGAGGUGGAUGGAAAGAUUCCGUUCCUAAAUGUUCUUUUGAUACGUCAGGGGAACCAAAUAAGAACUGAUUAG